AUGUCUGCCACAACGGCCGAAAGCUACAAGAAGCUCAAGGAGGACUUUGUCUCCAAUCUCUCCGGAGGGUCUGUCAGCGAAAUCAACUACGUAACCGCAGUCGCACCCGUCGCAGUCCUCCUGUGGUCUGUCCUCCAAUCCCGACAAUCCUUCUUCAAACCUUACACGCCCCUAGCAGGGCUGGUCGACUAUCUCCUCAACGUCACUGCCAUCCUCCUUUCCACGACCCUCUACGCAUCCUCACCCCUGCUCCUUAACAUACUCCUUCUCGCACCCGCCGCCGCUGUUUACGCCUUCCCGCCAAACACUCGUCGCAAAAAGCCCGCUGUUCCUCCAAAUGCAAAGUCCAAGGGUGCUGGCGCCAAUGGCGCGCUCUCUAUACUGUCUGUCAAGCCAUUCUUGACGCACUAUCGCGGCAGCAUGAUGGUUAUAACUUGUAUCGCCAUUCUUGCCGUCGACUUCCGCCUCUUCCCGCGCCGCUUCGCGAAAGUCGAGACUUGGGGCACGUCUCUGAUGGAUAUUGGUGUUGGGUCUUUUGUGUACAGCGCCGGUGUCGUCGCCGCGCGCCCUGUUCUCAAGGAACGUGCCGAGGGCCGCUCAACACCACUGGCCACCCGGUUGUUGAACUCUUUGCGCCAUUCCCUCCCUCUGUUCGCUCUAGGCAUCAUCCGCCUGCUUAGUGUCAAGGGCCUGGACUACGCCGAACACGUCACAGAGUACGGCGUGCACUGGAACUUCUUCUUCACGUUGGGCCUGCUCCCACCAUUCGUCGCGAUAUUCCAGUCCGCCCUUAAGAUUGUGCCGAGCUAUGCCGCCUUGGCACUCAUUCUGGGCGUGCUGUACCAGAUUCUCCUCGAAAGCACGGAAUUAAAGGCGUACAUCCUGACCGCACCGAGGACGGAUCUGAUUUCGAAGAACCGGGAGGGCAUCUUCAGCUUCAUCGGCUACCUGGCCAUCUUUCUCGCUGGACAGGAUACAGGCAUGUACAUUCUGCCCCGCAGCGUCAACCCAAAAAGCGACUCCACCCCCACGACGCAGCGCAGGACACUCCUCAUGAUGAUGGCCAUCUGGUCAGCUGUGUGGGCGGUUUUGUAUUUCUUGAGCACUAGCUACAGCUACGGUGAUGGCCUCAGUGUGUCACGCCGUCUCGCCAACUUGCCCUAUGUCCUCUGGACAGCUGCUUUUAACUCCACACAGCUCCUAGCCUACUGUGUCGUGGAUACCGUCUUCUUUCCUGCAACUUACAAUGCCACCGAUGCAAAGUCGGAGAAGGAGGCUUAUGAGACGGCGACGAGCAGGGUCUUCCGCGCCUACAACCGUAAUGGCCUGUUUCUGUUUCUCGUUGCAAAUGUCCUGACGGGCCUGGUCAACAUGACGGUGCCCACACUUCAUGUCGGGCCGCUUGUCACUAUGGGCAUUUUGAUCGCCUACAGCGGGAUCCUCACCGGUCUCGCCCUGGGGCUAGAUGCGUAUAAUAUCUCCAUCAAGUUGUAG